CCGACAAAGCUAAGUUGAUAAUUCCGGCCAUCAACAUAUGAACCUCUCAUCAUUUCGCAACUGUUUUCUAUCGUGCUUUGAAAAGAUGAUCACAAAUCUACUACGUCCGCUUUUACUGUUGGAAAUUUGGCUCAGCGUAGUCUUUGAUGCAAGAUCCGUGUAUAGUUGCGAUGCCAACAUAUUACGGGGUUAUAAUGCCUCAUUUGGAUCUGGAAUCAUUUUGGGUGGAAACGAAUGCAGAAUUUUGCACCAUUUCAAAGGAAAAUUCGCAUAUUCGGUGAAACUUUUGAAUAAUGGAGCAUGUGAUAUAAUGUGCGAGAUUCUUUACCAAGACUUUUUCAACCACCAGCAAUAUCAAUUUUGUGAUGACACGGUUACAAUUAUUGAGGCAGACGUGGAAGGAAUAUCAACUGUGAGGCUCCUUAAUCCUGGGGCAACUGAUACAGAAGCAAGCGCCAAAUUUUGUUUAACGAUUUCCUACCUUGCCAUUUAUCCAUCAUUCCCUUUCGAACUGAAUUGUGGAAAUGAAGCGACGACUGACGCGUGGGUCGUGAGAACAGAAAAGAAUCCUUCCGUGACUGGGCAGUCUGUUAAUGUGGACGAAGAUAUACGUUCUUCAGACAGGAAUCGGUCCAUAUCUGAAAGUGAACGAAGACCAGAUGCAUAUCAACCUUCUUGUGUAGUUCUCAUUGUGUUGCUUGUUGUUGCCAUUCUUUGCAUUUUGGUUCUUGUGGCAUUGCUUAUCUACUUCAGAAGGAAAUGGAAGUCACCUCACCAUAAAGCAGGACUCAUUACGCCUGGGGUAGGGAGUGAAUCCAUCAACUAUGUCAGUGAGACACCAAACAGCGGCAUUUACACGGGACUAGACCAUGCUACACACUACCAAGACCCGAAUGGACACUACACAGCUUUACACCAAACCAACAGGCCAGCGAGUUACCUUGUACCAGCUACCUACCAAGAUGUCAAGUGAACAAGUCAUUAAAAACAUUGAAUUCAAGACGGAAACCAUAUAAUUAAACAAGGCAACCAUUUUUAUAGCAAAUGCAAAUGGCAAAAUACUCACUUUCUCAUCCUUUACACGAUUAAGGUCAUGCAAACGGCCAAGGACUGUUUUUAACAUUUUUUUUUUCUUGCAAAAUCAAUCGCCGAAUAAAAUUGUGUUUUCCACAAUAUGCUAUUUAAGACAGAUAAGAAAGUACAUGUAUAAUAUGUAGAUUAAAAUUGAACUUCCAAAGGAGUACCUUUCCAGAGGCGGAUCCAGCAAUUUUGAAAAGGGGGGGGGGGGGUUCCAAUACAUGCAAAAUACAUUAUUUGUCAAUAAACAAGGCCUUUAGAACGUUUUCCGUGCGUAAAUUUAAUGGACAUUUAUCUCGUCAAUAUCUAUUUCACAUCUAUUUUAAUAUCAGAGUGCACUGCAUUAUUGAGCGUUUUGGUUUAGGUAAGGAAGAUUUGCAUAAUUUCCAGCUUUUAAAAAAAACCAAGUCUCCAGCAAUGAGAACUUGCGUCUAUGCUAUGCUUAAUAGAAAGAAACACUAAGAAACCAAAAAUAAUUCAGACUUAUUACGACAAGCUUUUAUAGAAAUGAAUUUUUGGUAAAAAAAAAUUAUGUCUUUUAUGUUUAAAUUCUGAACUAUUUAUUAACUUUGAUUUCUAUCGGUUGCCUUCUUAAAUAAAGGUCUAAAUGAUAGGUAAUGACGAAAAUGGGGAUAGUUUAUCUGCUGAAUAGAUGGAACAUGUGAAAUACAAUUGUACAAGCAAUAGUCGUCCCAGGGAACCUGAUGUGACCUCUGUAUAAUGGGUGCACUACAUCACCCGGCACUAGUACAGAUGCGAUCUUAUUCAGGAAAGUUUUGAAAAGUUGUGCAUUUUCAUAAUGGUUUAUAUAUAAACCCCUUACACGGUAUUUUGUAACAUAAUAUCCGAUUCUUGGAAACAAAACAAAAAAGGACUUUCUUUUGUGUUUCAUGUGGGUAUGAAGGUACGGUAUAGCUAGCAUUCCAGAAAAAUAGCAUAACUUGCAUGAAAUUAACUAUAAUAGAUUUUUUAAAGAAAUAAAGUAGACAAUGCAUUGUAGAUAUUAUACAUGUUAUCAUAAAUCUGUGUUUUUAGCGACACUGCUUAGUUAAUUUUUUUUUUAAAUUUUCCACAUGUUUACUCACAGAUGUGAGCACCGGAUGCUGAUGGGGAGUACCUUUUUUGAUAAAAAAAAAAAUCGUUAGAGUUUUUCAUAUAAGAAAUACAUGUACAUGUAAAAUACGGUGCGUUGUAAAAAAUUCUUUAAAUUAGCAAUUUUAAAAGCAUUUAUUUGAAAUAAUUGCAGUAUUUAUAUUAUAAAUGGGGACAAUUGCCUUUAAAUAGGCAUUACAAGUUUUCAAAAAAAAAUUAUCUGUCCCAGAGAAAGGGGGGGGGGGUUCCGACCCCCUGGACCCCCCCUCUGAUUCCGCCAAUGCUUUCAUCUGAUAGAUGAAUUUAAACAAAAUAAAUUAGAGUAGAUGACUUUGUAAUAUUUCACUGAUCCAUGCAGUUAUAGAAAUUUGAUUCAGUCUUGCAUUACGAAAUUUGAAAGUGAGACAAAAUAAAUCUACCUUCAUUACAACUGGACAAAUCUUUGACAUAGAUGACAAAUAUAAUCCAUCCUGAUAUUAUAACGAUUUCACUUCGAACAAACAAACAAAGGUUUUAAUUAUUUCGGCUAUAGGGAUAAUUUAAUUUAUUCACUAAAAUGAUGUUAUUUUUAUUGUAUAUUGUUUUAUUAUUUACAAAGAAAAUUCAAUGUAUAUUAAACAUGUAAUUUGUUAUCCUGAAAAUAAAGGGGAACUAAUCGUUUUAUGAGCAUCGGUGGCUCAGUGUUGCUCGCCUGCCGGCCUGGGUUUUACUUCCGGCCGAUGCAUUUUUCGAUCAUUAUUGAUUCAAUCAAUAAAUAAUUGA